AUGCAGCAGGAGAUGAACACGCAACCAGACUCUAGUCGUGCUUUCCCUCCAGACACAGUUUGUUCUUCCAGUACGACCAACUUUGGUGCAUCAGCGAAGUUUUAUUGGUACUCUUCAACCAUCCACUCCCAAUUCUUAUCACCCGAUGCAGCCUCUGCAGACCCAUCGAUUUCCAGCGGCACAUAUGGAAACAUCUACGAGUAUAUAUACCACGGGCCAGAGGGCGAUGCAGAGGUCGCUGUCAAAGCGAUUCGACUACAGUUCUUAAGCGCCGAGAUGUUUCAGAGAGAGCUUUAG